GCCUUAAUCCAUUUUCCUUUCUCUGACAUUCUAGAGUCGAAACACUGCUAAGCCUAAUCCUCCUCCUCCUCACCCAAUCGCCGUCAUCAGCUACCCUCGAAAAAGCGCAACGAAACCCUCGGCCGCGUGGACUCCCUUUUUUAUUUAAUUUGUUUGCAAAAAUGGCUCGUGGAAACCAACGUGACAAGGCUCGGGAAAAGAACCUUAAGGAGGCGGCUAAGAAGAAGUCAGCCAACAACAAGAGCGGCAGCGAGAUGGCCAGAGAUAAAGAGGCAGUGGCCCAAAUGAUGCGCGAGAAGCAGAAGGCUGCGGAGGCCAAAAAGGCUGCCGAGGCCGCCGCGAAGAAAUAAUCUUACUACGACAAACCAGCGAGUCUCCGAAACCCCGACCUGUUCUUGGUCAUUACUUUAUGACAUGAUGUAUCGUUGCUGUUCCUGCGGUCUCGCACACAUGAUACCAGUAUAUGGCAUGGUCAUGCUCCUCGACAAUCCAGGGGCCGACUACCUUGUUGCAACAGUGACAUUCAUCACUCAAUUCGGUCAGCUUCAAAAGCCCCGGCGAUCCUGUUGUCAAGUCGGAGUCUAAGGUUCUUCCUUGGUUUACCUUGUCUUUGGUGUUUAAUUUAGGUGGAGUUUUGGCCCUCUUUCUCAUUCUGUCACGUUCUUAUAUUCCUACUUCUGGAAUCACGUAGCGGCCUACGAUGCAAUUUGACCACGAUCGGCGUACUGGAGUCCAGCGAUUUCCCUCGGUGCCAUUUGCUCCACUCUGCUCCCGUGUGCCUGCGUGAUGGUAUGGUACAAGGUGC